AUGACACACGCAGAUCUCAGCAAUCGUGCUCGGAUCGUACAUCUUGUUGUGACACAUGGUUCUGAUCAAUAUGACAUUCAUUUUCAUAUGGAUCGGCCACCAUUGGUUCGAGAUCUUAUGGAACAAUUGCAAGGUAAAACUCAUGUUACAAUGGUAAAUCAACAAGUGUUCUAUCGUGGUCAACGUUUACAUGAUAGUCCAAAUAAACCUCUAGAUCAGUUUGGUAUAUUCAAUGGAAAUCAAAUAAAUUUAGUUGGAGAAACAAUGACUGGCUCAGAAGAAGAGCACUUUCGACAUCUGUCGAGUAUAGGAAAAGAUGUUAAAACUACUGAUAUUAUACUCGAAUGUAUAUGUCAUGAAUUGGACAAUCUAAAACAACGACAACCACCACGUGAUCAAUGUGAACAAUAUCUUCGUGAUUUAUACGCACGCAACGAACAGUGCCGUUUAAAUUUCCAAACUUUCCAAACCCAAGUGAUGAAUAUCACUGCAUCACCAUCCGAAAAAGAAGCAUAUAGAGUAAAAACUGAACUCAAUGCAUUGAUUCGAGAUCGAAUAGACAUUGUGUCGAAUGUUUCAUAUGCAAUAUCAUCGUAUCAAGGUGGACACAAUGGAUAUCGUCUUCCUACCAAUGAUGAUUAUCUUUUUCAUAAACAUUAG